UUUUUGAAGCGAAAUCCCAUAGAUUCUGCGAUCAAUCUUGUUUGACCAACUUGCCUCAGACAAGGUUUGCUCCAUAACAUAUAGCAAAUCAUCUCAUACAACUCGGCUUUACGUUGUCCAGAGGCAAUGUUCAGUGUCCAGGUCUUUGGUACUGAUGAGCAGGAGGAGGAAUUAAGCAAGAAGUCAGCAGCCACAAAGUUGCAGAAGAGCUACUUCGACGUGUUGGGGAUUUGCUGCUCAUCUGAAGUUGCUCUCGUGGAGAAUAUUCUCAAGCCUCUUGAUGGUGUUAAAGAGGUCUCAGUCAUUCUCCCGUCUAAAACUGUCAUUGUGGUACAUGACAAUCACCUCAUUUCCCAGAUUCAGAUCGAUGAGGCUUUGAAUCGAGCAAGGCUGGAAUCAAGUGUCAAGGUGCAUGUGGAGAAGUACAAGAAAAAAUGGCCUAGUCCAUAUGCGAUUGCUAGUGGUGUAUUGUUACUCCUAUCGCUUUUGAAGUAUGUAUACAGUCCCUUACAGUGGUUGGCUCUUGGAGCAGUAGCUGCUGGAAUUUUUCCUAUUUUGAUGAAAUGUGUGUCUUCAAUUCGAAAUCUGAAGAUUGAUAUCAACAUUCUCGUCAUCAUUGCGGUGAUCGGAACAAUAUCUAUGAGUGAUUAUGUGGAAGCUGGUACUAUAGUCUUCCUGUUCACCAUUGCAGAGUGGCUGGAGUCCAGAUCACGUCAUAAGGCAAAUGCAGUGAUGUCAUCUUUGAUGAGCAUGGCCCCUCAAAAAGCUGUCCUAGCAGCAACGGGAGAUAUUGUGGAUGUUGAUAUGGUUGGGUUGAAUACAAUUCUUGCCGUUAAGGCUGGUGAAGUUAUACCAAUUGAUGGAAUUGUUGUGGAAGGUGAAGCUGAAGUGGAUGAGAAGACGCUAACUGGAGAGUCAUAUCCAGUUGCUAAGCUAAAGAGCUCCACUGUCUGGGCUGGCACUGUCAAUCUCAAUGGUUACAUCAGUAUCAAAACUACAGCCUUAGCUGAAGACUGUGUGGUUGCUGAGAUGGCUAAACUUGUGGAAGAGGCCCAGAACAGAAAAUCCAAAACUCAAAGAUUUGUUGAUAAAUUUGCAAAGUUCUACACUCCAGCGGUCCUCGUCAUAUCCAUUUCUGUUGCGGUGAUUCCAGCUGCCUUACAAGUUCCUAAUUGGAGCGAAUGGUUUCACUUAGCUUUGGUAGUUUUAGUGAGUGCUUGUCCAUGUGCUCUGAUUCUCUCUACACCUGUUGUAACAUUUUGCACACUUACGAAUGCUGCAACAUCUGGCCUAUUAAUCAAAGGGGGUGACUACCUAGAAAUUCUUGGAAAAAUCAAGACUGUGUGUUUUGACAAGACUGGUACAAUAACAAGUGGAGAGUUUUUUGUCAUGGAUUUUCAAUCUCUUCGCGAAGACAUCAGCUUAAACACAUUGCUUUACUGGGUUGCAAGCAUUGAGAGAAAGUCAAGUCAUCCGAUGGCAUCUGCACUUGUUGACUAUGGAAGAUUGCAUUCAGUUGAGCCAAAGCCUGAAAAUGUGGAGGAAUUUCAAAGUUUUCCAGGCCAAGGCAUUUAUGGAAAAAUUGAUGGGCAAGAAAUCCACAUAGGAAACAGAAAAAUUGCUUUGAGAACUGCUUCUGGAACAGUUCCAACCAUUGAAGAGUAUGGAAAUGGUGGGAAGACGGUUGGAUACAUAUACUGUGGAGGAACCCCUGCAGGAAUCUUUACAUUAUCUGAUACUUGUCGAUCAGGGGCUGCAGAGGCUGUACGGGAGCUGAAGAAAAUCGGCAUUAAAACAGCUCUUCUAACAGGAGAUAGUCAAACUGCAGCUAGCCAUACAAAUGAGCAGCUUCAGCAAGCUUUUGAAGUCGUCCAUGCAGAACUUCUACCUGAGGAGAAGGCGAGAAUUGUUAAUGAAUUUAAAAUGGAAGGAUAUACAGCGAUGGUUGGGGAUGGUAUCAAUGAUGCCCCUGCUUUAGCCACAGCUGAUAUUGGCAUCUCAAUGGGAAUUUCAGGUUCAGCCCUUGCUCAAGAAACUGGGAAUGUAAUAUUAAUGUCUAAUGACAUUAGAAAUCUGCCGAAAGCGAUCCAGCUUGCCAAAAGAGCUAACAGGAAAGUGAUUGAGAAUGUCACUUUGUCAAUGACUCCUAAGCUAGCUGUGCUAGCACUAGCCUUUGCUGGUCAUCCGCUAGUUUGGGCUGCAGUUCUCGCUGAUGCUGGGACAUGCAUACUUGUGAUUCUCAACAGCAUGCUACUUCUGCAAGGAAGUAAUAACAAGCAGAAUGGAAGCAAAUCUGAACAACCUGAUGUCCUUAAUCCUGUCAGCAACAAGCAAGUCCUAUUGCCUUGUACGAAUCAGCAGUGUUGUUCGGACAGUAGUCACAUCAGCACUAGCACUACAGAAGUGUGCAAACCACAGAAGUGCUGUUCUGACAGUAACACUGCAGAAACAUGUGAACCACAAAAUUGUUGCAAUUCUCAGAGAUGUGGAACACAAUCCCUGCCUGGUCCUUCCAGUUCGGCAGGCGUGCCUAGGAAUGAAGAGUUCGUGAACUCGGGUGUUGUCUGUGACUCCUUGUGCUGCAAAAGUAGUGGUUCCCAAGUUUCAUCCUCUCUUACUGUUCCCUUGUUGCAUGAUUGCCCUUAAAAUGCCCCUUCUUGUGUGCUCUUAUAUAUGCAUAGAUGGCAUUUAUAUGUUUCGAUGUGUAUAUCAUUAGCAAAGGUAUGUAUCAUUGUAACUAAUGUGUUUCAUCUAAUAAAUGAAUUGUUUUACCAAACAAAGGGACCAUGUGUAUAC